AUGUUUUUAUAUGAAUAUUAUUCAAGGAGAUAUGGAAAUAAUAAUAGUUUAGUUAGUGGUGGUAUUGAUACAGGAUUUAGUGAACACCGAACCAUUGAAAAUUAUAACUAUACUAUCAAUGAUGAUUCAAUGAUUAAUGAUGGAGCUAAUAAUAAUAAUGAUGAUGAUGACGACAAUGAUGAACGAUUAUUAUUACCAAAUCAAAGGGAAGGAGAGAAUACAUCAUUUAAAGUUUAUAAAACUCGUUGGUGGAUUUUAUUUGUAUUUAUGUUAUUAUCAUUGAACCAAUGUAAUUUUUGGAUUACAUUUGGUACAGUUGCACCAAUGGCAAGUAGUUUCUAUGAUACAUCGAUGUCAAGUAUCAAUUGGUUAUGUGCUAUUGGACCUUUAGUAUUUGUGCCAUUAUCAAUGGUAUUCAGUUGGACCAUUGGUAGAUAUGGUAUAAGAAAGAAUGUUAUUGUGGCAGGCUUUUUAGUUGCAAGUGGUGGUAUUAUAAGGUGUAUACCUAUGGGUGGUGAUAAAACAUUUUUCCUCAUUGUUAUUGGUCAAGUUUUAAAUGCUGCUGCAGGACCAAUCGUUAUGAUCUUACCAACUAAAUUAUCAGCAGUUUGGUUUGCACCACAAGAACGUACACUAUCCACUGCGAUUGCAACACUUUCAAAUUUCAUUGGAUCUGCAAUUGGUUUCCUUUUAGCAUUGGUUUGUACUGAUGAUAGAAAUUUGAAGAUAUUACUCUAUGGUGAGGCAGCAUUUGCUGUGGUUUUAUUGGCUGUAAUACUCAUUUAUUUCCCAGAGAAACCAAAGACUCCACCAUCUGCUACCUCUUUCUUUUCCGAUAUUCAAUCGAGUAAUAAAAAGUUAAUCGAUUCAAGUGUAGUCUAUAAAGAACAAAAGACACUCUUUGAAAGUUGGCGUGAUCUAUUCAUUCAAUCUGGUGACUUUUUAACUGAACCAAGUGCUGCAUUACUUUGUAUAGCAUGCUCUUUAUGUUCAGGUGUAUAUGCUGGUUGGGGUGCUGUUUUCGUUGAAAUCGUUCAAGAUGAUUACAAUCAAACUCAAGCCAAAUGGUUAGGUUUCUUUGGUAUUAUCGCUGGUAUGGUUGGUGGCUUACUUUUAGGUGCAAUUCACGAUCGUGUUCAUAAUUUCAAAAAAUUACUUUUAGUCAUUUUUGCUUUGAAUACUGUAGUUUUCACUUUUUUUUCUUUAUUAAUCGAUCAUAAACUAUUACCAGAUUGGUAUUGGUUAGGUCAAUUGUUAAAUGUUGCUGGUGGUUUUCUAAUCAAUAGUUUCUAUCCAAUCAUUUACGAAGCAAGUGUAGAAUGCUCUUAUCCCGUACCCGAAUCCGUUGGAACUGCUAUCAUCUCUAUCUUUAUCAAUGUAAUAACUUUUGUAUCAAUUAUGGUUGGCUCAAUUGUACCCGCUAAAUACCUCAAUUGGAUAUUGGUUGGUGCUUCUGGUAUUGCCUUUUUCUUAAUUUGUUUUGUAAAAGAAGAAUAUAAAAGAAGUAAAAAUGAUAAUUUAGCUGGUUUUGAAUCUUCAACUCCUCAAAUUAUUCCUGGUACUGAUUAA